AUGUCGUCAGGGAAUGCUAUGAGACAACUUGAAGAAAGACAUGCAGCCAUCAAAGUAGAACUUAUGGUGUGGUCGACAAAAUUAGAUUUAUUAGCCCUGUCAUAUGCAAAUGGUGAAGUAGCACUUCAUAGACUGAAUUGGUUAAAAGUAUGGGUUUUACCACCUCCAAGUGAUGGUGUUACUGUUAAAGGUAUUGCUUGGAGACCAGACGCAAAAGUCAUAGCAAUCGGUUACAGUACAAAUGAGAUAUACUUGGUUGAUGUGGAAAAUAAAGAAGUGCUUAACAAGUCAAUGUUUGAUGCAGAAAUUACAUGUCUUAGCUGGAGUGAUGAAAAAGAAGAAUUACUUUUUAAUAAAGCCAAUUUGUUAAGUCAAAAAAUUAGCAGUCCUUUAAGAGAAUUUAUGAAUAAAGAUGACAGUAGGAUUUUUCUUCCUAAAUUACCAUCAUUGACUGGAAAUUUUACUUCCAACAGCACAAAUUCAGAUGAUCAUGUAGAUGAUGCGAAAAAGAUUAAAGAUCAACAAACAUUAAGUAUAUUACUUGUCGGUUUAAGCAAUGGUAAACUUUGCAUUAGUGUUUUCGGCUUGUUUCCUUCCGCUGUGAUCGACAUCAAAAGUUAUUAUAAUAACUCGGAGUGUAUAAUUUUAAACUGCAAUGUUUCAAAGGAUUAUAAAGUUAUUUUUGUAGUUGUUUCUAUAAAAGCCAAAGAAGCAGAGAAAUAUACUACAUCUGUUUUACUACUUAAUUCUGAUAUUCUUUCAAGUUAUAGUCACGAAUUGUACACGUUAGCAUUGAAAUAUGGACAUUUAAUUAGUUCCGUUGAUUAUUUAAAACAAACGCUACAAAACAUUAUUGAAAGUUGGGAAAAUAUACUAAUCGAAAUGGAUUCCAAAUUGACAGCUUAUGCCUCCAAAGUACCACCUGGAAGAGUGAGUGCAGAUUUUUUAGAGCUUCUGAUGUUUGGAACUCCAUCACCGGAAAUGGGUGUUUUCUUACUUCAAGAUUUGACAGAAAGAGGGUUAAAAAAACUUGGCAAUUCAAUCGAAUUAAGUUAUUUAAAUAUUCAAAAAUUGGUAUUAAAACAUUUGCAUUCUGUCGGGCAAAAUUUAGCUUACCAUCUUGACGAGUUGUGGGGCUUAUCCAGAUGUCCCCAUUAUUUUCAAAUUUUAGGUCUGAAUGAGUCUUUUGUAAAUGAAGCAUUUAUUUCUACUGGUUCCUUCUUGAUAAAAGCAACUGAAGUUCAACAAGUUAUAGAUAAUUCAUUAAAAAUAUACAAAGCUUUUUUCCGUUGGUUGUACACCAUUAUUCUAAGACUGAGUGACGAUAGAGUAUCAUCAGAUAUGAGUAAGAUAUCCCAACAGGAUUUACUUGGGAUUGCAGAAUUUUUAUAUAAUUUCGAAGGGCAAGACUCCAACACAUCUAUAUACAAGCCUAAAUUUAAUUUGGAACGUCUCGGACAAUAUUUAUUAGAUAAAAAUCUUGAAAUUUUACCAGACGAUGAUAACGAACUAUGGACAAAAUUUUUAGAAGAGAAACAUCCUCUCAUCAAUCAAAAUCAGUUAAUAAUUCCUCAUCACAAAAACAUGUCAAUAGUCCAAGAAAUAAACAAUUUAGAAAAUCAAAUCAAUUGUAUUUUUAAAUAUUCAGAGGGGUUCAUAGGACAGCAUUUCAAACUGCUUUAUUUACGUGAUUUUAUGCAAGUCCAUGAUCCCUUCGUUAAAGUUACCAGCACGUAUUCAGUUGAAGAAGAAAAGUUUUCGGUGGCCAUUUUAGAUUCAAAGGAUUCAUCAAACGGUUUUUAUUUCAUUGAGGUAUUCAUUCAUUCUGAAAAACAGCCACCGAAAUUUGCUCAUUUGUGUUUUGACGAAUUCAAAUAUUGCAACAGAGUCAUCGAUAUACAAUUUUAUCUGGAAGAUGUUUUGUCCGUUUUAACGGUUCAAAAAUUUACAAUGCAUUCAACGGAUUUUAUCCAAUUGCCCGUUAAAGUAAUUAAAGAUUUGGAUUAUGAAAAAUUUACUUCCAUCAACAUUCAACAUUUAAUAAAUAAUUAUGCUCGUAAUAUAGAAGGGAUUGUGGCAUCUCGUUUUGCCGUUAGUGGAAGCAGAAAAGUUUGCGUUAUAUUAUCAGAUAAUAAAAGAAAAGUAAAAUUAUUCGAAAUGGAAGCAGAAGAUGAAGAAGAUGAUGAUGAAGUUAUGGAAACCACAGGGUCAUUUAAAGAAUCAAAUGAUUCAAUAAUGAAACUUGAAAAAUCAGAUACGAGUAUUUGUGACAAUUAA